AGCUAAAGCUCGUUGUAGUGGAGGCCAGCCAAGUCAGUCAGGUGGGGUUGGCCGUCCACCUAAGCUACGCCUCGCCUAACCACGAUCCGUCAACAUCGCAAGCUACCCGCCCUUCUGCUCCUCGUCCACCCGCGCCACCUCCAAAUUCAGCUGUCGUCGCGGCUCGCCAAUGACCAGCGCUUCACCAUGAGCUACUACUUUGCCAUUGUCGGCACCCAGGACAACCCGCUGUUCGAGUACGAGUUCGGCACCUCCAAACAGGGCGGCGAUGGCCAGUCCAAGUUCACCGACUCGGUGCGCCACCUGAACCAGAUUGUGAUGCACUCGAGCCUAGAUAUCGCCGAGGAAGUGCAGUGGUCCCACGGACAAAUGUACCUCAAGUGCAUCGACAAGUUCUUCAACAACUACAUAUCGUGUUUCGUCACCGGGGCAGGCGUCAAGUUCCUCCUCCUACACCAGCCCAUCGUCCCGACCGCAGCGAACCCGAGCCGAACAUCCACAGCCAUCGGCGCCAACCCGACGAGCGCGGCCACCGAGGAGGCCAUCAAGAUGUUCUUUACAGAAGUCUACGAGAACUGGGUCAAAGCCAUCAUGAGCCCCUUUUACAAGACCAACAUGGAAGUCAAGAGUCCCGUGUUUCAAGCUAGAGUCGCGGCGGCCGGACGCAAAUACCUGUGAUUUUUCUUUGGUUCUACGGUGUACAGGCGCAAAGGGGCAAAUUACCAUUUUUAAUCAAUCAAAAAUAGACAACAUUCUCAAGGCAUUAUUCACAUUGACAGGACAUAAAUGUUUAGGUUGAUCAUGUUGUUUGUUUCAUUUCAAAUAAGAGAGGUCGUCUACCGCGACGCCUACUAUAGUCUUUCAUAACCCCAGAGAACGCCAAAAGCACAGUAAAAAGUUUCUUGUCAAAAUACACGUGGAAUCCACCACAGUCGCCUUAUACCCGUAGAAGAAAAGAGACAUUUAACCACCGAAACCGUAGAGGGUACGGCCCUGGCGCUUGAGAGCGUAGACAACGUCGAGCGAGGUGACGGUCUUGCGCUUGGCGUGCUCAGUGUAGGUGACGGCAUCACGGAUGACGCCCUCAAGGAAAGAACGGAGAACAGUGCGGGUCUCCUCGUAGAUCAUGGCAGAAAUACGCUUGACACCACCACGACGAGCGAGACGGCGGAUAGCGGGCUUGGUGAUACCCUGAAUGUUGUCACGAAGAAUCUUGCGGUGACGCUUAGCACCGCCCUUGCCGAGGCCCUUGCCGCCCUUGCCGCCUAUUGUAAAUAGUCAGUACAUUGUACUUCAUUGUAUAAUAGAAGAUUCCUUGAUGGAUAAGACGCGAUGACCCUGGUUGUUGAUGAUGCAAGAUGUUCCGGAACCACCUUGCAUAAUCGUUCCAUGAUCUCCGAUCCAUUUCAUCGCGAUCCAUCCAAACAAUAAAAUAAUUUAAAAUAGUACUUACGUCCAGACAUGAUGAAGUGUGUGAAAGGAAAAGUGUGUGUUGUUGUUGUAGAUGUAUCGGUGACGAUACAAAGAGGCAAGUAAAUAAAUGUAAACACGCGGGUAAUAUGCAAAAAGAACGCAGAAUGCGGGGGUGCGGGCGCUCGAAGCAAUAAAUACGUGUGCGCAAUCAGCUGGCGCGCGGACGCGAUCAGUAGCC